AUUUUUCUAUACAUAAAUUAGAUAUUCAUGGAACAGAUUAUUCAACGUGAUGACAUUCGUACAAACCAAGUCUCCUGAAGUUGAGUACAUAAAGAUACCGUAAAGGGCUUCCAUGGAAUUGGCCAGUUAUUGGCAUGCUACCAAGCUUUCUCCGAUGGGCUACUCGGCUUCAUGAAGGCUGCACCAUAAUUGCAGUUAAUUCAGGAGGCACUUUCCUACUCAAAGGUCCAUGGUUUCUGAACAUGGAUAUGCUGCUAACUGUUGAUCCUGCAAACAUUCACCACAUCAUGAGUGGGAACUUUCUGAAUUACCCCAAAGGGCCUAAAUUCAAGGAGAUGUUUGAUAUUCUGGGUGAUGGGAUUUUCAAUGCAGACUUGGAUUUGUGGAAAAGCCAGAGGAAAAGUGCCAGAUUCCUGAUCAAUCAUCAGAGGUUCCACAAGUUUUUGCUGAGGACCAUUCGCGAUGAAGUCGAGAAGGGGCUCAUUCCGGUUCUUCAUCAUCUGUGUGAAACAGGUCAAGUAGUUGACUUGCAAGAUUUGUUUCAGAGAUUUACAUUUGAUACAACUUGCAAACUAGUCACAGGAUAUGAUCCUGGAUGUGUUUCCAUCAGCUUCCCUGAUGUCCCGUUCGCCAGGGCGUUGGAUGCUGCAGAAGAAGCCAUUGUUGCGAGACAUAUCAUUCCAGAGGCCAUCUGGAAGUUACAAAGGUUGCUCAAUGUUGGUGAGGAAAAGAAAUAUAGUCAAGCUAGGGAGACCUUAGACUUUGUUAUUGGCCAUUACAUCUCAAAGAAACGAGAAGAACUGAUGAUCAAAUCGGAAAAUUCAGGAGAUGAUGGUGAUGAUUUGUUGACAUCAUUUAUGAGUGAAGGAAGAAACUUGGAAUUGCCAAGUGAUGAUGAUGAAAAGUUCUUAAGGGACACCAUCUUGAAUUUUAUGAUUGCAGGAAGGGACACAACCAGCUCAGCUCUUACAUGGUUCUUCUGGCUUCUUUCUGAGAAUCCCAUUGUGGAAAUGAAGAUUAGGGAGGAACUGAGCUCAAUUUCAUCCUUAAAAGAUGCCGAAAAGUGCAGGUUUUUCGAAGUUCAAGACUUGAACAAGCUGGUAUAUUUGCAUGGUGCAAUAUGUGAAUCAUUGAGGCUUUAUCCACCUGUUCCAUUCCAACAUAAAGAGCCCCUUGAACCAGACAUCCUUCCAAGUGGCCACCGUGUUCAUCCAAAAAUGAAGGUUCUUUUCUCUUUGUAUGCAAUGGGAAGAAUGACAUCAAUCUGGGGAGAAGAUUGCAUGGAAAUGAAGCCCGAGAGAUGGAUUUCGGAUCGGGGGACAAUUAAGCAUGAGCCAUCAUACAAGUUCUUGGCUUUCAAUGCUGGUCCAAGAACUUGUCUUGGUAAAGAAGUGGCUUUUACACAGUUGAAGACAGUUGCAGCAUCUAUAAUCCAUAAUUACCAAAUUAAUGUGGACCAAGGGCAACAAAUAGUCCCUAAUGUUUCUGUAAUUUUGUACAUUAAGCAUGGAUUCAAGGUCAGUCUUAGCAGAAGGCAAGCAUAGAAUCUGAUAUCUGUUCCAUUGUAUUAUAUAUUUUGAGAUUACAAUAUAUUUUGAGAUUACAAAUUGUAUAAUUAUAUUGUAUGAGCUUUAC